GCAACCAUCAUUUGUGGGAAAUUUAUGUUUCCUUCUAAUUUAACACAAUAUCAUGAAUUCUUGAUUAAUGUAGGCAAUGAUGUCGGCAGAACUUCCCAGUUUAUGGCCAAUUACAUCCCUACAAAAUUGAACAUGUCUGGACCAAUUGAAAAGCUAAUAGUUUCCGAUACGAUAAAUAGAUUCAAUGGAAGCGGAGAUAUUUCGCAUCUUCAAUAUAAUAAUCUGCUUAAUUUAAUAUACGAAAAUUUAAAACAUAUUGGGGAUAAAAAGUUUAUAUUUUUAAAUUAA